AUGAGGCACGGAGGGCGCGGAUUGGUCGGCGGCCAGCGCCUCAGGGGCCGACGCCGGCGCGCCGAUUGGGCAGUACAGUCGGACUGGGCGGGCGAGCGGCCAUGGCGUGGUUACUUGGGCCGCGCUGAGCCCGGCUCGCUUCUUUCUGUCGCAUUCGGGGAAGGGGCGGCCGUCGGUGCCGCCGCCGCUACGGCAAUGAUGAAGGGCGCGCUGGCCAGCCCCGUGGCCCACGCCACAGCCAUGCAGGAGACUUUCGGCUGCGCCGUCGCCAACCGCUUCCAUCAGCUGCUCGACGACGAGUCCGACCCUUUCGACAUCCUCCGCGAGGCGGAGCGGCGCAAACAGCAGAGCAAGAAGCGCGAAGAGGCGGCCGCCGCCCCCCCGGCCGGCAGGAAGCCCGGCCCGGGAGGAGCCGCCGCUGCCGCCGCCGCCGCCGCCAAAAGGGAAUCCCAGAAGGAGCGCAAAGGCGCCUCUUUCCUGCAGCCGGAGAGCCCCCCAGCAGUGCCCGGCCAGAAGCGAGCUCCAAAAAGGGGAGAACAGCAGGGAUGGAAUGAAAACCGAGGCACAGAGGUAAAGCAAGAUAAAGCUGAAUGGAGACCUUCUUUCAGGGAGUACCGUCCUCAUGAAAUGGAGAGACAAGCGGAGUUAACACUAGAAAGACCAAUAGACCGAUUUGAUCGGGAAAGGCCAAUGAGAGGUCGCGGGGGAGGAAGAGGUGGAAUGAGAGGAAGAGGAAGAGGUGGUGGAAUGAACAGGACUUUCAACGGCUUUGAUCAAAGAGGGAAGCGGGAAUUUGACCGACAGAGUGGGAGCGACAAAACAGGAGUCAGAGCAGAAGACAAAAGGGGUGGAAGUGGACCUCGCAACUGGGGAGCAGUUAAGGAUGAUAUGAGUGAGCUGGAACAGACUGCUCCUAUGGAAGAGACCGCAGAAACAGAAGAGAAUCCAGGAGCACCUGAAGGAGAAUCUCCAACCAAAGUUGCUGAAGGGGAGCCUGUGGAAGAAGUAGUUCAAGAGAUGACGUUGGAUGAGUGGAAAAAUCUUCAGGAGCAAAGUCGACCAAAGCCUGAAUUCAACAUCCGGAAGCCUGAAACCACUGUUCCUUCUAAAGCAGUGGUGAUUCACAAGUCAAAAUACAGAGAUGAUGUGCUGAAGGAGGAUUUUGAGGACGAUGCUCACUUUUUCCGGAAAGCAGCAAAUGACAUCACUUCUCAGCUGGACAUUAAUUUUGGGAACCUGCCUCGUCCGGGGCGUGGAGCUAGAGGAGCCCGGGGAGGUCGCGGGCGUGUCCGGAGAGUUGAGGACUCAGGAGGACACAGGCCAGAAGUGAUGAUGCACACCACUGCUCCAAACCCCGAUGACCCCGAGGAUUUCCCUGCUUUAGCUUGAAAGAACUGAAUAAUGGCGCCUCAAAAGUAGCUGUGACGAUAACAGCUCUAUGUUGCUGUGGAAGAAUAUCAUCCAAGCCUACAGAGAGAGAUGACUUAUGUGUGUGAAUUUUGCACUUCUAUUGUGUUAAGCGCCUAGACCUAUCCUGUGGGCUAGGAGGCAAGGUUGAGCACCACUGUUUGGGGAUUAGCUUUGUGAAGGCUUAUGGUAUCAUACGUGAGGGCUUUCAAAUAAAGGUUCAAGGUGAUGGUGUCAAAACAA